AUGCUGAGGCGUUCUUCCGGCUCCUCGGACGGCGACGACUCUCCUGUCAGAACCCCCAAUGCUGUGCCUGCCAAUGCGCAUGACCUCCUAGACAGUCGCGACGCUACCGCCGCGCCCAGCCUGUCCAGCGCCCACGAGAAGCGACUCCCGAGACUGUCGACAGACACCAGACCCUCCUCGGCCAGAAGCAGGAGAUCCGGUAAUUUCAGUUGGAAACCUCGCCAGCACGAUGACUCUGCCGACAACCUCUCUCUGAGCCCAAACACCCAGUCGCCCUCGCUUCUCUCGCCAGUGCUGGGCGCGAUGCCCUCACCCGUGCCCUCCCCUGUCGCAGACAUGGAGAAACCGUCCGAGCUCAAGCCUCAGAGCCGGCGGCCCGGCUCUCGCAAUCCCUGGGGCAUCUCGGUCCUCACAUUCGUGACCGCCGUCGUCGGCAUUGCCCUGCUCGGCGCUAUCGUUCACUCCUCAUUCAACCGGCAGCUCGACCCCAAAGGCUGCCGCAUGUCCUACAUGAUGCCUUCCUAUGCCAAGCUCAAUGAUUUCGAUACUGAGCACACGCGAUUUGCCAGCAAAUACUCGCUCUAUCUGUACAGGGAACAAGGCAUUGAUGACGAUACCAAGUUGAGAGGGGUUCCUGUCCUCUUUGUCCCGGGCAAUGCUGGGAGUUACAAGCAGGUUCGACCGAUUGCCGCCGAAGCUGCGAAUUAUUGGCACGAAGUUGUGCAGCACGACCAUGCGGCACUCAAGGCUGGUGCCAAGAGCCUCGACUUCUUCUCGGUAGACUUCAACGAAGACAUUACCGCUUUCCAUGGCCAAACAAUGCUAGACCAAGCCGAGUAUUUGAACGAAGCGAUUCGGUACAUCUUAUCUCUAUAUCUUGAUCCCCGAAUGUCGGCGCGAGAUCCCGAUCUCCCCGAUCCGACCUCCGUUAUCAUCUUGGGGCACUCCAUGGGCGGUAUCGUAGCUCGUACGAUGCUCAUCAUGCCGAACUAUCAGGCGAAUUCCAUCAACACUAUUCUCACGCUGUCUGCGCCGCACGCCCGAGCACCCGUCACUUUUGACGGGCAGAUUGUCAAAAUCUACGACGCCAUCAAUGACUACUGGCGCCAAGCUUACUCGCAGCAAUGGGCAAACAACAACCCGCUGUGGCAUGUGACUCUUGUUUCAAUAGCCGGAGGCGGGCUCGAUACCGUGGUCCCGUCCGACUAUGCCAGCGUCGAGUCGCUCGUUCCCGAGACUCAUGGUUUCACAGUGUUCACCUCGACCAUCCCCACGGUAUGGACCAGCAUGGAUCACCAAGCUAUCCUCUGGUGUGACCAGUUCCGAAAGGUUAUCGCAAGGGCUCUGUACGAGGUUGUGGAUGCAAAUCGCGCGGCAAAGACAAAGCCGAGGGCAGAGAGGAUGAGGGUCUUUAAGAAGUGGUUCUUGACCGGGAUGGAGAACGUUGCCGAGAAAACCGUUCCAAACAAGGAACCAAGUACGCUUCUCACUUUGGAAGACAAUUCCAACGCUAUCAUUGCGCAAGGAAAGCGCCUGAUCUUGCGCCAGCUUGGAGGACAUCCUGAGGUUCGCGCACACCUUCUACCCAUCCCUCCACCUGGAUCUCCGGAAGGAAAACGCUUCACCCUCAUGACCGAUCAAAGACUGGACGAGGCUGGAGAAACCGGACGCCUGGAGGUCCUAUUUUGCAGCGUGUUUCCUUUGCAACCUGGCCAAGCUGGGGUCCUGUUCCCGAUCAAACUUGACCUCUCCCGGGAGAGCACUGGCUCCGCCCGGCUCGCCUGCAAGAACGCCGCUUCUGAUGCAGUCCUCCUACCAGCAUCAACUCGUGCGACACGGAACCCUUUCUACUUGGCCGAGGAACCAGAGAUUGCUCCGUUUUCAUACCUGCAGUACGAUCUUGACGACAUCUCGGAGCACCAGUUCGUCGCCGUCAUCGACAAGGCCAAUGCGCCAGCUCCUGGCUUUGUCAUUGCCGAAUUCAGUGACCAGACACAGUCACACCGAACAAGGCAUAUCAGCCUGCGCCGGCUUCUAGCAUUUGGCAUGAAGCUUCGGCUGCCCAAUACGCGCCCCAUGGUCACCGAGAUCAGCAUCCCCUCCCUGACGUCCAGUCUUCUCGCCUACCACUUGGAGAUCGGGCACCAGACUUGUGGCGACCAUGCAGAGCUAUUUGCGCCUUUGGUCAGGCAGUAUCUAACGGAGCCGUACGAGUCGAAAUACUUUGUAAAUGCUAGACAUGAGAGCGUAAGCCUGCACGGCGUAGCGCCUUACGUCCCUCCGCCCAUGAAACCCAAGGAUUCCGACGAUGGCCUGAGCUUCCAGUUCUGGACCGACCCAACAUGCGAUUCUAGCAUUCACGUUAAGCUCACUGUUGACGUGCCCGGGAGUCUGGGCAAGCUGGUCAUGCGCUACCGCACCGUGUUCGCUGCCUUCCCGCUGCUGAUCGUAGCGAUGGUGCUGCGCAAACAAUUCAGAGUGUAUGACACGACCGGCGUCUUCAUUUCGUUCUCGGAGAGUCUCGACUUGUGCCUGCGGCAGUCGAUCCCGCUGAUGCUUGCAUCUCUCACCUUUCUCUCCUUGUCAUCUACAAGUCCGUCGUCCGAGCCUUCAACCGGCUUCUGGCCCUGGAGCAACGGGACGACAGCAGCAGUGAACUUCCACCAGAAUGAUCUCCUGGUCGGGACACAGGAUCCCUUCUUUUGGUUCUUGACCCCGCUCAUCGGCAUCAUCUGUGUCGGAGUCUGUGUUGUGCUCAAUUAUGUCACGUUGAUCCUGACGCAACUGCUCGGCUCCCUAUUUGCGAUUCUGAGUACGCGGCCGGCCUGGAUCCGGAACGAUGACCGCCGCCGGGUACCCGUUGGUGGUUUCAUGGCGUCAUCGGUACGACGGAGGAUGAUCACCAUGGCGGUGCUCUUCUUCCUCGUCUCGACGUUCAUCCCCUACCAGUUCGCAUACCUCGUUGCAUGCUUGGUUCAGCUGAUCACGACUGUUCGGGCACAACGGAUCGCCUAUGAGAUGCGCUCUAACGCAAACUACAACUUUUACAACUACGUCCACUCCAUCUUCAUCCUCAUGCUUUGGGUCCUUCCCAUCAAUCUACCUAUCUUGGUUGUCUGGGUCAGAAAUCUGGCAGUGCAUUGGCUCACACCCUUCUCGUCACACCAUAAUGUCCUAUCGAUCGCCCCGUUCAUCGUCCUCGUGGAGGCUCUGACGACAGGCAAAAUGGUGCCCCGCGUGACGAGCCGUCUGCGUCAUAUCACCAGCAUCCUCCUGUUCGGGGUUGCCAUGUGCGCCGCAACGUACGGUGUCUCUUAUGCAUAUGCUCUGCACUAUCUCGUCAACCUGACUGUGGCCUGGAUUGUCGUGAUCCACUCCACCACCGACUCAUGGUCUUUCGCUGGCCUGAAUACUCUAUUUGGCGACGUUCCCGACGAUCGAAAACAGGGCAAAGCGCCAUGA